AUGUCUCCCACCUCGGUUGACGACCACCUCAGCGAGGAAUCCCCCACCCCGACUAUAAACGGCGAAGGUCUUCAACUGCACCAUAUUCCGUCCCAUGUUUCGGCCCACGACAUCCCGAUUCCCAUGAGCAUUCAUGCCACGGUACCCGCAACUCCAACCAAGACAAAAACGAUAGACGACUCCAUAUACGACCGCCUUCCACCACAUCGCAAGCACAUAAUCACCUGCAUUCUCUCGGUUUGCGGUUUUCUGGCCCCCAUCUCAUCCACGACGGUUCUUUCCGCAAUUCCUGAGGUCGCAGGCACCUACCACACGACCGGCUCCAUCAUCAACGUGUCGAAUGCCGUGUAUCUCGUUUUCAUGGGUUUAUCUCCGUGUUUUUGGGCCCCCAUGAGCCAGGUAUACGGCAGGCGCUGGAUAUGUCUGUCCAGCGCGUUCUUAUUCUUCGCCUGCUCGCUUGGGACUGCUCUCAGCCCCAACCUUGCCGCGUUCUUCAUUUUUAGAGCUCUGACUGCCUUCCAAGGCACGUCAUUCCUAAUUGUCGGUGCGAGUUGUUUGGGAGACAUUUACCGGCCAGUUGAGCGUGCGACUGCUAUGGGCUGGUUUCUCUCCGGAACACUAAUUGGUCCGGCUAUAGGACCAUUUAUUGCGGGCGUCAUUGUUACAUACCGCAGCUGGCGUGUUAUCUUCUUCCUCCAAGCAGCCCUAGGAGGUCUAGCAACCGUUCUCGUAUUCUUCUUUCUCCCGGAGACAAUCCACUUCAAGCGAUCAGACGAGCUCGUCGGGCUGAGCCGCGCGAAGACGGUCCGAAUGAUAUGGGAGUGGACGAAUCCUAUCCGCGUGGUGAAGCUUUAUAAGUAUCCUAAUCUGAUUGUUGCUUCCUUGGCGUCCUCUGCUCUCGUCUGGAACAUGUACUCGCUACUCACGCCGAUCCGAUACAUCAUCAACCCCCGCUUCGGCCUGACCACCCCCAUCCAAUCCGGUCUCUUCUACCUCGCACCGGGCAUGGGGUACAUUACCGGCACGUUCAUGGGCGGACGCUAUGCCGACUACAUUGUCAAAAAGUGGAUCGUCAAGCGCAACGGCGAGCGUGUUCCAGAAGACCGCUUGCGGAGUUGUGUCCCAUUUCUUGGGGGCGUCAUUCCGGGCUGUAUGCUUAUUUAUGGCUGGUCACUCGAGAAGAAGGCGGGCGGAGUUGCGUUGCCUAUUAUCGUGAUGUUCCUUCAGGGUUGCGCACAGCUCUUUUGCUUCCCGAGUUUGAAUACAUAUUGUCUCGAUGUCAUGCAAAGCCGUUCAGCUGAGGUUGUUGCUGGAAAUUACAUGGUCCGCUACUUUUUUGCCGCGGCCGGCUCGGCUGUCGUCCUCCCCGCAGUACAGGUCAUCGGCGUGGGCUGGUUUUCCACUAUAACGGCGGUAUUCUUGGUGUUUUCCGCUCUCGCGGUGUAUUGCACUGCCGUCUGGGGCCAGUCAUGGCGUGACUGGGCAGACCGACGGGGUGCAGGAAGUGUUGCGACUACGGAAAAGGCUGCAGCAUAA